ACGCUGCGCGCGGACGUCGGCCUCUGACGCCGUCGUCGCCCCCGCGCCGAGUCGCGCCCGGGCCGCUCCCGCGGACCGUUGGGCGGCCUGCCGAAGUCCCUCCCUCAGGACCUCCCCCACCCCUGAACCGCUCUCGCGGCCUCGACCCAUGUGGGAGUUCAGGCUCCUGCGGUCGCCGCCGCCGCCGCUGCUGCUCCUCCUGCCGCAGCUCAGCCUCGGAAUCGCCGCGUCCCGCUCGCAGGCCGAAACCAUGAACCUGGGCGGCGGCAGCGGUGCGCGGUGCUCCCCCUCGGCGGAGGGGCGCCGGCCGCAGUGCCUGCAGCUGUCCACGGUGCCGGGAGCUGACCCGCAGCGCAGCAACGAGUUGCUCCUGCUAGCGGCGGAGACGGCGGGGGAGGGACCGGAACGGCGGGCCCUCUCUGGGGACCGGGCGAAAGAGGAGCCGCAACCCGCGCCCCAGCAUCACGUUCUCUAUUUCCCUGGGGAUGUGCAGAAUUACCAUGAAAUUAUGACUCGUCAUCCUGAGAAUUACCAAUGGGAAAACUGGAGUCUAGAAAAUGUUGCCACCAUUUUAGCCCACCGGUUCCCCAAUAGUUAUAUUUGGGUGAUAAAGUGUUCCCGAAUGCAUUUGCACAAAUUCAGCUGCUAUGACAAUUUUGUGAAAAGUAAUAUGUUUGGUGCUCCAGAACACAAUACUGACUUUGGAGCUUUUAAACACCUUUAUAUGUUACUAGUUAAUGCUUUUAACUUAAGUCAGAACAGUUUGUUAUCAAAGAAGAAUGUGAAAGAUUUGAAUAAGGACUCCAAAGCAUCUAAUUGUAGAUCCAGUUCUUCUCACACUACUAAUGGUUGCCAGGGAGAAAAAGAGAGGACCUGUGAAAAACCUCAUGAGUCCACCAUGAGUUUUUACCCACCAUCACUAAAUGGUGCUUCUUUUACUUUGAUUGGAUUCAGUAAAGGUUGUGUUGUUUUGAAUCAAUUGCUUUUUGAAUUAAAAGAAGCCAAGAAAGACAAGAACAUAGAUGCUUUUAUCAAAAGCAUAAGAACAAUGUACUGGCUGGAUGGCGGUCAUUCUGGAGGAAGCAAUACUUGGGUUACUUAUCCAGAAAUCUUGAAAGAAUUUGCACAAACAGGGAUUAUUGUUCAUACCCAUGUAACACCUUACCAAGUAUGUGAUCCAAUGAGAUCUUGGAUUGGAAAGGAGCACAAGAAAUUUGUUCAGAUUCUUGGAGAUUUUGGUAUGCAGGUGACUAGCCAAAUUCAUUUUGCAAAGGAAGCUCCUUCCAUAGAGAAUCACUUCAGGGUUCAUGAAGUAUUUUGAGACUAUGAGAAUAUUAAUGUACUUGUUCAGUGGAAGAGCAGAAGCACUUUGAGUGUUAUAAAUUCAGAAAAUGAGUUGUAAUUCAUAGAUGCAUUGUCAGUUUUUUUGGGGGGGCGGGGGGAGGAAGCACACAUUCCUAAAAUGAGUGUAAUGUGCAAUAGUAUUCCUUGCUUGUGAAUGUGAACAGUUUUUACUUUGGAUUGGGUUAGAAUUAGUUCAUUUGAAAAGUAAAAGAUGGUUUGUGAUAAUCCUACAAGGAGAUACAAGACCCUUAAGAAUGAAAGUUAUGAUAUAGUCCUUAUAAUAGGUAAUGAAAAUUUUUAUUGUUGGGAAUAGUUUAUUUUCUGAGUAUUGUUUGGAACUAAUUUUGGUGACACUAACAGUAAUUAGCUAUUUGGCACUCAAAACUCCAUUUCUCUUCAAAUAAAGCAAAGGCACACUGAUGUUUUCCAUAAUUUUGGAAUUGCCUCUUAAUGUUUUGUAAACUCAUAAUCAUUCUUUAAUGUGCCACCAAGUGUUUUUUUCUUAAGAGUCAAAAUAUAUUUUUUUCCAAAUUUCCAAGAACGUGCAGUAGUGUACAUUUGGUUUUUAAAGUCAGUACACUUAAGCACCAUGGCUUAAUUUUUAAUUGAUGACUUUUAGAUCAGAUAUUUUGGA